AUGAGUGCUUUAUCAGAUAUGAGAGAGCAAAGUCGAAGCACGUCGAGUUAUGAGGCGACUGCCAUGUUGCUACUUUGGACCAUUCAGGAUACUGCUAUCACCUGCACUCAGUCCACAAUCGAGUUUUUAUGUUUUUGGAGGAGUUUUGUUCGUCUUUUGAUUGGCUACUUUGCAGCCGGUACUUUGAACAUCCGGCGAAACUGGCGAGCGCUCGUUUACUGGGAUAAGGCUGAGAUCGUGCGCAAGCGCUCGAACUUGAAGGAUUCAGGCAGCUCCGGGAUGGUUGAUUGUGAAGGUGUUUCAUCGACUCUGGGUGUUGGGUUCCAGAUGCUCCCUCUGGUGUGGGACAAGGUGCUAAUCCCCAGUCGGCACUAUGAAACCACUCUGGGGACCUGUGAGAUUUGGAGUAUCCGCCGCCCAAAAUGGACAAGCGAAUCUCAAGGCCAGGACACAUAUCUUCAACCCCUCAGGAUAUUUGACAGUGUUAUGGAGAGGCUCACGGAUAUAUGGGCCAUUCCUCGGGUACAUCCAUAUGCAAAGAUUUCAUUGGGCGUGUUGUCUCGCACAUUAAAAAUGGUCAUCGGCCAAUCGGAUCGCGACCAUGCAGUAUAUUGUCUUGUCGACAAGUUGGAUCAAGUUUACCGUUUCAUGAUACGAGACGAGACGCUUGGCCAGAUUUCAUCAAUGCACGGUAUCCUUGGACAGAUCUCUCAGCAGACCCUUGAAUGUGCCUGCUUUAUCAGAGAUUAUUUUCAGACAAAGUGCUUCUAUAAUGCAAUCCAACUGUACAGCGAUACAUUGGAUGCGCUCACGCAAAACUUCCGGGACCAACUUACUCGUGACAUGGCUAUCUAUGUCCACCGUACAGGACAACUAGACCUUAGCGGUAUAAUGUAUGCAGCAAACGCAGGACUGGAUACGAUGAAAUAA